GCCAUGCAUAGGGGUGAUGAUAUAAGACCAGCAUCCCUUUGCAGGUUGUGAUGCGUCUCGCUCUCGCAGUCGAUCGGCUCUGGCUCCGCCCGCUUGAUUACUACUCAGUACUAGACUAGAUCAGAAAUGGGGCGGUGCGCGUGCGCGUGGCAAAUGGUCGUCGUGGGUGCCUUGGCCGUGCUCGUCGCGGCGGCGACGACGGCGCGGGCGGCGCCGCAGGUGCCGUGCUACUUCAUCUUCGGGGACUCGCUCGUGGACAACGGCAACAACAACUUCAUCGUGUCCAUGGCAAGGGCCAACUACCCGCCCUACGGGAUCGACUUCGCCGGCGGCCCUACCGGCCGCUUCAGCAACGGCCUCACCACCGUCGAUGCCAUCGAUCCACUAGCUACUUACAUGCGUGUGCCAUUGUUUGCUUCAUGUCCGUCCGUGUGCAUGCAUGUAGCUAAGCUCCUGGGCUUCGACGACUUCGUGCCCCCGUUCUCCGGCGCAAGCAGCCAGCAGCUCCUCCGCGGCGCCAACUUCGCCUCCGCCGCCGCCGGGAUCCGGGAGGAGACGGGCCAGCAGCUGGGUGGGCGGAUCAGCUUCAGCGGGCAGGUGCAGAACUACCAGUCGGCGGUGCAGGAGGUGAUCAGCAUCCUGGGCGACGAGGGCUCGGCGGCGACGCACCUGAGCCGGUGCAUCUUCACGGUGGGGAUGGGCAGCAACGACUACCUCAACAACUACUUCAUGCCGGCCUUCUACAGCACGGGCAGCCAGUACACGCCGGAGCAGUACGCGGAGUCCCUGGCCGACGACUACUCCCGUCUCCUGCAGGUGAUGUACCGGUACGGCGCCCGGAAGGUGGCGCUGAUCGGCGUCGGGCAGGUCGGGUGCAGCCCCAACGAGCUGGCGCAGCGCAGCGCCAACGGCGUCACCUGCGUCGAGCAGAUCAACGCCGCCGUCCGGAUGUUCAACCGGCGGCUCGUCGGACUUGUGGACAGGUUCAACAAGCUCCCCGGCGCGCACUUCACCUACAUCAACAUCUACGGCAUCUUCGACGACAUCCUCAGGUCACCCGGCGCCCACGGGCUGAAGGUGACCAACGCGGGGUGCUGCGGCGUGGGCAGGAACAACGGGCAGGUGACGUGCCUGCCGUUCCAGAUGCCCUGCGCCAACAGGCACGAGUACCUCUUCUGGGACGCCUUCCACCCGACGGAGGCGGCCAACGUCCUCGUCGCCCAGAGGACCUACAGCGCCAAGCUCGCCUCCGACGUGCACCCGGUCGACCUCCGGACGCUCGCACGCCUCUAGCUAGUUUAAUUUCGCGGUUCUUCGUCUUCAGUCUGAUUUGUGAAUUUGUGACAGAUAUGUCUAGCAUUGUGUGAGCGUGAUCUUCAGUCAGUUACAUAUAUAUAAAAAACAACGAACGGUUAUUCCAAGUGUGUAAUUAGUUUGGCACGCAUUACUCCCAAAACAAAUAGUUUGGCAUUUUGCCGUUUUGGAAA